UAUGAAUUUCUAUGCUCUUGACUUUGAAGAUUAAAAUGAUUAAGGUAUUGAUUAAUUUUAAUAAAAGCUUUGGAGGAAUAAGAAUAGAUUUAAAUUAGUGAAGAGCAAGAACAUGAAUUUGAUUAGAGUUCUAAAAUUGAGAUUGAUAAAAAUAUUACAUUUGAUGGUUAUUGGCAAGAAGAACCAGUUUUAUUGUUUAAUGUUGAAGAAGAGGUUCCAAAAAAGAAAUAAAAAUCAAUCGUUAGAAAAUCCAAAAAAAUAAAAAAAUCAGACACAGAAACAGAUGUCUAAUCUUAAAAAUAAAUGCCAAAAUUCAAAAUUUCUAAUGAUUUAGCCAAACUAUAAUAAUGUUAAAUGUUAAAGACCAUUAUUUCUUAAAUGGAGACAAUUCUAUAAAAAACUCGAACUUAAAUUCUAAACCAAAUAAUGAAAAAGUAGUAUACCCAAUGACU